GUAACAUGCAAUAAAGUCUACAAGCACAAUCAUCUGUCAGAAGAGAUCUUUAAAACAAAGUAUAAUGUGUGUAUGUCACGUGAUCUGCUUUUUUUUGUAGGGAAACAGAACAGACAAUGUGUAUCAGUCAGAAAGACACAAUUGUGUAUUUUUAUUGCUAGAGGAAUUCUUCCUUCCAUUUGAAUGAAUUGGACAUUAAUAUUGAAACCUGCAGCAAGACUGGGAAUCCACCACUGCCUGACUGCACUGGGUUUUCAGCCUGCGUUGAUUCCCUUAAGGCUGAGGAUCAUUGAAACUGUUACACCUGGAAUGAGAAAAUAAGCAAGUGAAAGUGUUGGGCACAGUGAUGCAAAUGCGAACUGUUCUGCUGUUACAAUCGCUUCUUUACAUGGAAACAUGUCCUCUUCAAGUACAAACAUUCCCUCUCUGAGAAGAACAGGAGGUGACCUUAAUAUUCAAAAUAAUGAUGGCACUAUGACUGAUUUCUUUUCAAGUGCAAUCACUGACAGUGUAAUCAUAAACAAUCAGACUGAUAUAACAGAAAGGACGUCAUUGGAUGAUAUUUUUGGGGACGACAGUGAAAUCCAGAUGUAUUCCAACACAAAUCCUUUCAUCAGUUUUGAAUCUGCUGAAUGUAAGGCUGAUGAUUCUUCAGGGUCAUAUCAUACUGCCUUGUGUUCAGAAACAGCCGGACAUUUCAGCAACUGCAGUGAAACCUUUGAAGUCACCAAAGAGGACCUCUCUCCCGAACAAACAGAUACAGAACACGCAGCCAGCUACGAAAGGGAUUUCUCACAAUCUACUUAUAAAACAGAGCACUUAUUCUACAAGGCUUCAAAAAACAGAAACACUGAUGAAAAUACUUAUAGUAACCAGGAUAAUGAAAUGACUUCUAAUUCAGGUCCAUGGAAGAAGAGUGAGCAGAGUUUUAAUGUGAAUACAAAUAAAGGUGGUGACCAGCAAUAUCUUUCCAUAACGAUGAGGGAUAAACCUCAUCUAAGUGUGGUCUCAACUGAUCUAAACCUGAGUAAUUCAAGGUCUGUCAGCAGACACUGUGUAAAGGAUCCAGCAGUGAGUGGGAGAGACAGAAGUGGCAUUGGCACAGAGAGACAGGCUCAGCUGUCACUCUCCUCCAAGAAUAGAAACAUUCCUGAGCACAGCAGCACACAGCUUCCAGUCAGAGAAGAGCAGCCAGGAAUGACGGGGUGUAGUGACUCAGCGUGCCGUUUCAGCUCCACAACCCAGGAAGAAAAGCUCUGGGACACCAAGAAACAGAACUCGACAGCCCACAAAAGAAGCACCUUUUCAGAACCCAACAGGCGCGGAGGAGCAGAUUGUACCAGUGAAACCUCAAGCAUGGGAAGUGAAUUCGAUGAAGCUGACAAUGAAGUCAAAUGUCUCACAGAUUUGGCCUUUAAAAGUUUAUCAUACCCUCAAGAUGAUUACCUUGCCAUCUAUAACUCCAGUUACUAUAGAUCUUCUACCAAUGUGUCACAGCCAUCGACAGAAGGGAGUUGUGGAGUAAAUGCUUGGCCAGAUUAUGCUGAUUUUCGUGGGUCUGGAAUUAAUUAUGCAGAUUUACCUGAAAACAAAGAUCUUGUUGACAGAUUUGAGAUGGGGAAUUUUGAAUGUGUGGAUGUUGUUCUGGAAAACCAAGAUCAAUUAAACACGAGCUGCAGCAACAGGACUGUCCCAAAACGCCAAAUUCAACUCAAAAGACAAGAGGGGAAUGUUUUUCCAUCAAGCGGGCUUGCUGAAUGCCAGCCUACAUCCAGACCUUUUGAAAGACAUGCUCAGGAUAUAUUCAUUCGUCAACACAGCACUCCUGCGGUUAUUCAGGGUGAAUCAAAUAAACAUGCAGAGGUGUUGGAUGAAAAUAAUAAAAAACAGAAACUACACAAAUCAGUGUCUUUGGAUGAAACAUCUAGCAAAGCUAAAAUUGCAUCCUGUCUUAUAAAAAAUGUUUUAUCUAAAAAAAUGCAACAUGAACAUAAACUGCAGCUGGAUCGUGGGGAUGUUCAAGAUGCAGAGCCAUCGUCUCUGCGAAGUCCUUCCUCGGUGUGUGACACAGAAUUCAAAUAUUCUAACACUCCAUCCCGAGGAAACCUGUAUUACAGCUCUGGGGUGACAUCAGAUGGCAGCUUUUCUUCAGAACACUUACAGAUGGAUUCUCUCAUGCAAAGCAAAUUCAAUUCAAGCAAAGCAAAUAAGGUAAGCAAACUAAUAAUGCACAACGGUUUAAAUUCAAAAACACAAGAGAAGCCAGUUUGCAAGUAUGGUUUCCAAAGCUAUGAAACUAGUUUAAGAAGAGAUUCUGAUGCAGCCAUCAUUACCAGUGCACAGGGUAACAAGUCUAGAAUAGGAAUACCAUGGAGCAAUAGGAAAUUAUAUGGAGAUAACAAUCAUGUUAACGAUGUAGCAAAACCAAUAGCAUGCACUAACCGUGAAAUAAAGUUGGGGGAUUCAGAAAGUUAUGUUGCUAAAGAUUCUUUGGAAAGUGCACCAGCAGAGCCAACUUCUGUUUGGUCAGCAUAUGAAUCUCCAAAGAAUGAUGAACAUGAAGCAAAAACAGACGACACUCAGCACUUUAUAAGAAAUGUGUUUACAUCAAAAACACCAGAGAUAACUUUGAGACCCAGGAAUAGGACUGAAAAGAAGAAUCAUACUUUUAGCAUUGCAAGACUUUUAUCUCCCAAUACUGAAGGCAAGAGCUCUGCAAAACAAAACUCAGAACCGCUGUUUAAAAGUAGAGCCACUACAUGUAUGGAUCAACAACAAUCUGAGAAACUGUCCCAGCUAGAGGUUAAAGACAGCAAUUUAAAAAACAAACCAAAAGUGCCAAUGCAUAAGGUUAGAGAUGUCAGAAAGCUUGUCAAACAUACCUACAAUUUAUCCUUUAAGGCAUCAGCUAUUAUUUCUCCGGAGCCUGCAGAUCAAGAACAAACCCUGGAACCACCCACAUAUCCUCCACCACUGCUGGUAAAGUGCACGGCAAUAAGCAGACAGGACAGCAUGCUGGCUCCCACAUCUCCUCUGCCAUUACUGAUGGAAUGCAAGGCAAUAAGCAGACAGGACAACAUACUGGAUCCCACAUCUCCUCCACCGGUGUGCAAGGCAAUAAGCAGACAGGACAGCAUGCUGGAUCCCAUAUCUCCUCUGCCAUUACUGAUGGAAUGCAAGGCAAUAAGCAGACAGGACAGCGUGCUGGAUCCCACAUCUCCUCCACCGGAGUGCAAGGCAAUAAGCAGACAGGACAGCAUGCUGGAUCCCAUAUCUCCUCUGCCAUUACUGAUGGAAUGCAAGACAAUAAGCAGACAGGACAGCAUGCUGGAUCCCACAUCUCCUCUGCCAUUACUGAUGGAAUGCAAGGCAAUAAGCAGGCAGGACAGCGUGCUGGAUCCCACAUCUCCUCCACCGGAGUGCAAGGCAAUAAGCAGACAGGACAGCAUGCUGGAUCCCAUAUCUCCUCUGCCAUUACUGAUGGAAUGCAAGGCAAUAAGCAGACAGGACAGCGUGCUGGAUCCCACAUCUCCUCCACCGGAGUGCAAGGCAAUAAGCAGACAGGACAGCAUGCUGGAUCCCACAUCUCCUCUGCCAUUACUGAUGGAAUGCAAGGCAAUAAGCAGACAGGACAGCAUGCUGGAUCCCAUAUCUCCUCUGCCAUUACUGAUGGAAUGCAAGGCAAUAAGCAGACAGGACAACAUACUGGAUCACACAUCUCCUCCACCGGUGUGCAAGGCAAUAAGCAGACAGGACAGCAUGCUGGAUCCCAUAUCUCCUCUGCCAUUACUGAUGGAAUGCAAGGCAAUAAGCAGACAGGACAGCAUGCUGGAUCCCACAUCUCCUCCACCGGACUACAAGGCAAUAAGCAGACAGGACAGCAUGCUGGAUCCCAUAUCUCCUCUGCCAUUACUGAUACAGUGCAAGUCAAAAAGCAGAGAGGACAGCAUACUGGAUCCCACAUCUCCUCCACCGGACUACAAGGCAAUAAGCAGACAGGACAGCAUGCUGCAUCCCACAUCUCCUCUGCCAUUACUGAUACAGUGCAAGUCAAAAAGCAGACAGGACAGCAUGCUGGAUCCCACAUCUCCUCCACCAGAGUGCAAGGCAGUAAGAAGACAGGACAGCAUGCUGGAUCCCACAUCUCCUCUGCCAUUACUGAUGGAAUGCAAGGCAAUAAGCAGACAGGACAGCGUGCUGGAUCCCACAUCUUCUCCACCGGUGUGCAAGGCAAUAUGCAGACAGGACAGCAUGCUGGAUCCCACAUCUCCUCUGCCAUUACUGAUGGAAUGCAAGGCAAUAAGCAGACAGGACAGCAUACUGGAUCCCACAUCUCCUCCACCAGAGUGUAAGGCAAUAAGCAGACAGGACAGCAUGCUGGAUCCCACAUCUCCUCUGCCAUUACUGAUACAGUGCAAGUCAAAAAGCAGACAGGACAGCGUGCUGGAUCCCACAUCUCCUCCACCAGAGUGCAAGACAAUAACCAGACAGGACAGCAUGGUGGAUAAAAGCCAACAGCUAAUUGUUAAGAAACAGGUGUUUAAAAGCACCACUCAAAAGAUACUUCCUUGUCAAAACAGGGAAUAUGCUUCUGUUGCAGUACCAAAAACAUGUGAUUUUGAAGAAAGUGAAUCGAACAGUAUCACAAAGAAGGAUUUAAAGGAGGAAUCCAUGAUACCACCAAACCACAAUCUUUCAGAUACAUCUGGAAUCUCCGAAAUCUACUGUGAGAGUGUGCCACCCAUGGAGGUGUACUGUGCAGCAGAUCAACUCGAUAAAGGAAGUGAAACCUCACCGCCAAACAGGGAGGGGCAGAAACCAAAUCCACAAUGUCUUCCAUCAAAAAACAGCCAUUCAGUUUCAAUGAUCAUCAAAGAGAAAGGUUUUCAAGCCGAUAUAGGAUUAUUUGAUAGUGAACCAAUUCACUCCCCCCCAAAGCAUGUCAACACACUUGAGGUACCAUUACAAACCUGCACCUCAGAAGACAAAGUCAAGGAAGAGAACUCAUUGCAAACUAGCAAUUCCCUGUCAAUAAACAUGAAUCCAGCUUCAGCUACAGAGCUCAGUUCAGAGACACCACAAGCAAGUGAUAUCAUCGUUAAAGAGCUACAGCCUCAAGUUAAACACCAUCAAUCUACAAAGGAUUACAAAUUGAAGUGGAAAAUUCCAAGCUGUGUGGAUCAUAAUAUUACUUCAGAUGACCCACCAGAAUAUGAAGAGAAGCAACACUCCAGGCAGUUUGUUAGAACACAAGUAUCACCAGGACAAACACCAUCUGAAAAUCCCAGUAGAUCCUUUAAAAAGUGUUCUUCAGAUGGAUACAUAAGCCCACCACCACAAACACUUCCACCGCUUCCUCCCUCAGGAGGAACACCUGCUAAAGUACAGGAUCUAAGUGAAGCUUUGCUGACUAAAAGCCAACCAACAAAGAGGCCUCAACUGCAAACCAUGAACUCUGAACCUCUGAAUUGUGUAACUAUUCCUCCACAGGUUCAGCAGAAGGGCCCCUUGAACCCUUGCUCUUUUCAGCCAGAUUCAAACUUUCAACCCCAGCAAAGCUUUGAUGACAAACCAUUUCAAAAAGAAACUUCUCCUGAUAAACUGUGUGGGAGCCCAUCAUAUAGGCAGGUUGCUUCCCCGAAGAUGGUUCAGGAAGCCCGGCCACAGUUCAUGUGUAGCCCUGUAGGGUUCCCUUCACCAUAUGCAACAGAGAGAGAAACUGAACGUCUUUCGUUUGCUGAAAACAAUUCCAGCAUGCCUUGCUUUCAGUAUCAUCAGAGCCGAAGAAAAGUUCUGUAUGAUCCCGAGACUGGCAAAUAUUUUUACAUUGAGGUUCCUGUUCAGCCUCAACGUAAAAUGCUUUAUGAUCCAGAAACUGGACAAUACGUGGAGGUGCUGAUACCUCAGCAAUGUUUAGCACAAAGUAGUGUGUAUCAGCCCCCCGCCUCUCCUUAUUCUUCUUUCAUGAACCCAGGAAUGUAUGGAUCUCCCUAUAUGCCUUACACAGGUCUGCCAAUGCCUCCCCACGCAGCUUCACCCUUGAGGCACCCUGAUCUGCACAAUCAGAACUUAUCCCAGAAUAACCUGCAGCUUAGCGGCACAGCUAACCAAGCACUGAAGCCAACCUUGCAGAACACCCAGCCUGCUGAACCCAGCUGUCUGGAAAGCAUGUAUUAUAUUCCUACAGGAAUGGCAGUGAGCCCCAACCCAACACAACCAGCCUUUUAUCAGAAUGCUCCUUCGAGUUCACCGGGGAAAAGUGCCAGUGUUGCAUUGCCUAUCCAACAACACCCAGCACAUGUAGCUGGCUUUACUGAGGGAUAAAAAGGCAACAUCUACUCCAAACUGUGUUUGAACUGUCAUUUAUACACUCAUAAUCUCUUUGUAUUGUGAGUUCACUGUUAGGAGAAUGGUAUGGAUGCAUAUGAAAGAGAGAAAGACCUAUUUUAUUACGCCUACAGUUGAGAUAUUACCGAGACUCUCUUUUAGGAGUGGAACAUGAUCCUUGACUUUGGAGUUCUUUUCAAAGCUUGGUACAGUAAGUGGAUUGUGAGUAAAUGUAAACUUUCAAUUCGCAAAAGUAUACAUCUGCUUAUCCUUCGUAUUUCAGUUUAUAAUGACUUCAAUUCAGCUAUUUAAAUAAUGACAUACAGAAUGUAAUUUGCAUUACCAAGCUUUUAAAAUAACAACUGUUCCCCUGUAAUUUGUCACACAAACAUGCACCAAAUGAGUACACUGUGGAAUGACAAUGAAAUCCAGUUGAGUACACUUUGAAAUUACAAUGAAAUCCAGUUGAGUACUCUGUGGAAUUAGAUUGUGAGCUGUUAGCAGUAAGUGAUUAAUGUGUAAUAUCUGGUUGGGAUGCACUACUAUAUAAUGUACUUAGGGCUUGCAUUUUUCUUUUUUUUUUUGAGUUCGGGGGUGUUUUUUCGUUUAUUAUAAUUAUUUGGCAAAAUCAGUUAUUUUCGGUUAUUAAAAAUAAACUAUACUCAAACGCAUCCAUUUUCAGUUUCGAUAAUUAAUAAAUUGCAUGUAAGUUUUACUAAUACAUAUACAAACGUUAAUUUACAGUGUUGAAGUGAAGAUGUCCACAUUUAGUAUUCUGGCAAUUUAGAACUGUGGAUGCAUUUUGAAUCCGAGAAUUGUGAGAAGUAUUUCGUUUUAUGCCCUACACCACCUCUGUAUCUAUCACUGUAAUGUUGGGGUCCUGAUAUGAUUAAGAAAUAACUCCUGUAUCAAUAACUGAGCUGGAUGCAGACAGAUUCCACUCUUCCAGUAUGACUGCAGCUCACACAAUAACUCCUGUAUCAGUAACUGAGCUGGAUGCAGACGGAUUCCACUCUUCCAGUUGUAUGACUGUAGUUCACACAAUAACUCCUGUAUCAGUAACUGAGCUGGAUGCAGACGGAUUCCACUCUUCCAGUUGUAUGACUGUAGUUCACACAUUGUACACGUUGUUCCAACCUCUCAACCAACUCACUGCCUGGUUUGUCAAUAAUGCUUAUUCAAUAAAGACCCUUCAAUAACUUUAUAUGAACAAUUAGAAGGCAAACACGAAUACUGCAAAGCAAGCUUAAAGUUUAACCAAUUGACUUAUUAGCCUUUUAACAGUAGUUUGUAUUUAUUAUAGUUAUUAUUUUAUUAAUCGUAAUACUGAUAUUGUUUUAUUAAUUUUGAAUAUUUUACACACAUUAUUAAUUUUGUAAACAUAAAUGUUAACCUAACAUUAAAAUAAUUACUGGUCCUGAAUUUAUUGGUCCUAAACAAUAACAAACUGAGUUGUUGUUUUUGUUUGAGGUAUGAGUUGUUUUUUUUAGUCCCUAACAUGUCUUUCUUGUUUUUGUUCACAUGUUACUUUCUACUUUGUCCUUGUUUAUAUUCUAAUUUCUGUAUUUAUAAAAAAUGCAUUCAUUCAAAAUAAAAAGUCACUCGAUCAAGUGUAUUCUAUUAUGUAGGACCACAAAGAUUACAGACAUGUUCAGACAUGUUCUGUAUAUAGAAAGAGUAGUGAAUGAUUGACAUUAUUAAAAAUAUAAUGCUGAAACUCAGGUGUAUCGGUUUAAAAGAAAUCAAAACGGAAUUUUCUAAAUAGGUCUUCGGGUGUUUUUUUGUUUAUUAUCGGUUAAAACUGAAAAAUUCAAGCCCUAAUUCUACUCCAUAAAGGGUUAAUAGCAAGGCUUCGUGUUUUACUGUCAAUCUUAUUUGCACAUUUGUUUUAUGCUAGUGACUUUAUUUUCACUUUGACUAGAUGAAGCCAAU